AUUUAUAUAUACUAAACUCGAGCUCUAUCUCCGACAACAAUGGCGUCAGAAUCUUCCGAUCAGCUCCACUUUGUAUUGAUACCCUUCAUGAGCCAAGGCCACCUCAUACCCAUGAUAGACAUAGCCAAAAUAUUGGCACAGCGCAACGCAGUAGCCACCAUAAUCACCACGCCGCUCAAUGCCGUCCGAUUCAAUGCCACCAUCGAUCGGGCCGUCAAAUCCGGGCUACCCAUCCGGCUUCUCCAGAUUCAGUUUCCAUGUGCCGAGGCCGGCUUGCCGGAAGGAUGCGAGAAUAUAGAUUCUCUUCCUUCGCCGGAUUUGAUCAUGAAUUUUGUAACGGCGAUGAACAUGUUGCAGCAGCCGGUAGAACAGCUGCUUGAAGAGCUGAAGCCAUCUCCAAGCUGCUUAAUUCCUGAUAAACAAUUUCCGUGGACGGCUGAGACGGCGCUCAAGUUUCACAUUCCGAGAGUUUCAUUCGACGGGACAAACUGUUUCAGCCGCUUGUGCUUUAACAGUUUGCACGUUUCCAAAGUGUACGAGAAUGUUUUGUCCGACACAGAUACUUUCGUAGUACCCGGUUUGCCGGAUCGGAUUGAACUCAGAAAAGCUCAGCUGCCGGGAGCGUUCAAUCCAGGACCAAACGAUAAAGAUAUGAAUGUUUUUCGUGCAAAGGUGAGGGAAGCUGAAGCGGAAGCAUAUGGAGUAUUGGUUAACAGUUACGAGGAGUUGGAACCGGCGUAUGUCGAGGAAUACCGGAAGGCAAGAGGGCAAAGGGUGUGGUGCGUUGGCCCGGUGUCUCUGUGUAGCCAGGAGGACAUGGACAAGGCUGCCAGAGGUAACAGGGCCUCCAUGGAUGAAAACCAGCGUUUGAAGUGGCUCGAUUCAUGGCCACCGAGUUCUGUAAUCUACGCAUGUCUAGGAAGCCUUAAUCGCCUAACACCUUCACAGCAGAUGGAGCUUGGUUUAGGCUUGGAAGCAUCGAACAAGCCUUUCAUCUGGGUCUUACGAGGAUCAUACAAAAGCCAAGAAAUGGAAAAUUUGUUAUUAGAAGACGGUUUUGAGGAAAGAGUAAAAGGAAGAGGUUUGAUAAUCCAUGGCUGGGCACCACAGGUUUUGAUACUGUCGCAUCCUGCGAUUGGUGGUUUCUUAACACACUGUGGCUGGAAUUCUAGCCUGGAAGGGAUUUGUGCCGGCGUCCCAAUGAUGACAUGGCCGAUGUUUGCGGAACAGUUUCUCAAUGAGAAGCUAAUCGUGCAGGUUUUGGAGGUUGGCGUGAGGGUGGGAGUUGAGUUGACUAUGACAUGGGGGGAGGAAGAGAAGUUUGGGGUGGCUGUGAAGAGGGAAAAUGUUGAGGAGGCUGUGGAGAAGAUAAUGGGUGAAGGAGAAGAGAGAGAAGAGAGAAGAGAAAGAGCAAGAAAGCUUGCAGAGAUGGCGAAGAAGGCAAUUAAAGAAGGAGGGUCUUCUUUUCUCAACAUUACACUACUUCUUCAAGAUAUCAGGCAGCAAGCAAAAAAGCAAAAAAAUAAGUAGUCAAAUACAUGAAAUGUGAUUCCCUUCGUUGUGACGUCCCACAUCGCCUAAAAAUGAGGAUGUGCUUAUAUGUAUAAAUGCAUCAUUUAUGACACAACGCGUUUUAAAGCCGUGAUGGCCAUGAACCUAUCAGAACUCCGCAGUUUAGCGUGCUUCUGCGAGAGCAAUUUCAGGAUGGGUGACCUCUUGGGAAGUCUGAUUUGGGCAACCAAAAGCGGACAAUAUUGUGUAAGUAGGGGUGGCUUGUUACAAAUGGUAUCAGAGCCAUUACCCAGCCUGAGAUGGGGGGAGCGUGCACAAGC